AGAGCACGUUUGUAUUUUUCAGCAAAGAAGAACGCAGCGGAAGUGGACAGCAGUCACCCUGAUGGUCUGAAAAAACAACGUCAAACCACAUUAUGUCUGCAGGCUGCAUGAGGCUGCUUCUUAGCCAUGCUGUGAGAACCGUGUGCAGAGGCAGGCCUGGGUCCUGGACAUCAGCAUCAAGAUCACCUACAUGCAGAGGGAGGUAUAACAUCCUGGCAGCAUCCUGGGGACGAUCCCCUUUCUCCACAGAAGACGUAGAACAGACUCCUGCAACAAAGAAGAAGCAGCAGGGUCCACAAGCUCACGCUACCAUCAGCAGCGUAGGCCGUAAGAUCCCUCACCGAGAGAUACAGGUGAUCAGCGAGGUCGGUGAGAAUCUGGGCGUCAUGCAUCGAGCAGAUGUGAUCAGAAUCAUGGAUGAGAAGGAACUUAAACUGGUGCUGCUGACUGCAGACAAAGAGCCUCCGGUGUACCGGCUAAUGAGAGGCAAACAGAUCCACGAAGAGCAACUGAAGCUGAGGGAGAAAGACAAAGCAAAAGCAGCACCUGUGCAGGUGAAGGAGCUCACCUUUUCAGCUGAGAUUGCAUCUCACGACCUCACCACCAAGCUGAAGCAGGUGGAGAGCUGGCUGGAGAAGAAACACCAUGUUAGGGUCACUCUGCGGGUGGGACGCGCCCAGUCUGCAGAUAACCUGGACGCAGCUCUGGAACAAAUAGUGGAACAAAUAAACAUGACGGUGGGUUUUGUCUCCAAACCAAAGGUCAUAAAAGACGGUCGAGCAGCCAUGUGCAUCCUCCGACCGCCAUCAGCCAAGGAACUGCUGCAGAAAAGGAAGGAAAAAGAUGCAGAGUCGCAGUCCAUCACCUCAGCGUCUGAGGACACUCGGAGUAAAACACCUCCUGUUGGCAACACAGACUCAACACAAGAGUCCCCACAGCAGUGAGCUGGACAUCAAACAUGGACGUGGACACAGCUCACGGGCUACAGGAGCCUCUUUUCAGGCAGCAAAUGUCAUCAUUUCCUGUUACGACUCAAGUCAGCUGGCCUCAAAGACACUUGUUGUUGUGACGAAGAGGAAAAGCAGCUGAAGAGGCACAGAAUCUGUUGGAACAUCAGCAGAGACACAAAAACGUGACCGUGAAAGUACACCUGAAGAAUAAAAACAAUUAGAUGAGCUCAAAGGGAAAUCAAAUGAUGAAUAAAACAUGCAUCAAAAGAUCAACAUCAGAAAGUGGCUAAAAAUGGAUGCAAACAUAAAACCUUUUAUUGACCUAAAGUUGAAAUUAAUUAUUGUCAUGUAAAAUAAUACAGGUUAUUAUCCAGAUUGUUUUCAUGCAUUUGUUGAAAAGAUCGUGUAAAACCAUCAGAAAACCCCUUCGAGGGAUGGAGUUUAGCCAGAAACGGAAGCUCAUUCAACUUUUAGGAAUACAUGGAGCCAUUUUUUGAGCUUCAAGAGUUACUUUUUCUCCAGAAGAAGAAAAACACAAGAUGUGUGUGUGGUUACAUCUCAGAUGUGAAUCCACUCCCAACAUCAAAGCCAACUCCUUUUUGCUGCUUUUUCCUGUGAGAAUCUUUAUAAAAGACGUCCAUUUGUGUGAUGGGAGAGAUGACGCGACGAACACGUAAAACCAACAUCCGUGUGAA